AAAAAACAAACUGAAAAGCAGAGAGAAAGAUAUUUUUCUCUCUCACUCAUAGUAAUUUUAUAACAGUAGUAGGUACAGCCACAUUUUAAAAUGGCACUGUAACUUUUAUUUUUGUGGGGGUCUCUUUAGGAAGUGGGGAGCUUUUCUUUCCUAUGAGGUAUGCGUGUGACUACCCAUGAGGGGAGGAGUUUGGAGAAGCUCCGUACUCUCAGAACCUGAAGAGACAACUUCUGUUCUCAGUUAAGGAGGAGAAGAACUCGGCCUGGGUCAGGACGUGAAGGGAAGCAGAAGCAAGGAAGCAUGUCUGGGAAACCCAAACUUACCUACCCCAAUGGAAGAGGACGCAUGGAAUCAAUACGGUGGCUGUUGGCAGCAGCUGGGGUGGAGUUUGAAGAAGAAUUUUUGGAAACAAGAGAACAGUAUCAAAAGUUAAUAAAAGAUGGAGCCCUGCUGUUUGACCAAGUACCAUUGGUGGAAAUUGAUGGGAUGAAGAUGGUGCAGACCAGAGCCAUUCUCAGCUACAUAGCUGCCAAGUACAACCUCUACGGGAAGGAUCUGAAAGAGAGAGCAUUCAUUGACAUGUAUGUGGAAGGAACAGCUGAUCUCAUGGGAAUGAUCAUUACCUUUGUUUUCACUCCACCGAAGGAGAGGAAUCUUGCCUUAAUUGUCGAGAGGGCCACAACCUGAUACUUCCCAGCCUAUGAAAAGGUUUUGAAACAACACGGGCAAGAGUUUCUUGUUGGCAACCGAUUCAGCUGGGCAGAUGUACAGCUGCUUGAAGCCAUUUUAAUGGUAGAGGAGAAAGAGCCCACUGUGCUUUCCAAGUUCCCUGUGUUACAGGCUUUUAAAGCAAGAAUAAGCAACAUACCUACAAUUAAGAAAUUCCUACAGCCUGGAAGCCAGAGGAAGCCCCCACCUGAUGACCAAUAUGUGGCAACAGUGAUGGCAAUUUUCAAAAAAGAUUAAAUGCCAGGUUCCACUUAGAGAAGUCAUCAAAAUCUACAGAACAGGCCAAUUUAGAUGAUCAGUGCUACCAUAAUUAAAAGCAAUGACAUUCCAGUGACAGAAAA